GAAAGACGCGAAAACAGGGAAAGCAGUUCACAAAAUAGUUGCUCGUAGCAGAAAUAAAAGCGAAUCUUCUUCUCCAGCGUCCUUGUCGUCGUCUCUCUAAACCCUACGGAAGAGAGAGAGAGAGAGAGAGAGAGAGAGAGAUAUGUGCAUCGAUCCUUCACGUUUGGCAUAGUAAUAUAAUUGCUCGAGCCGAUAAUGGUGGGAGCCAUCAUGGCUUCUUCUUCGUAUUCAAGAGGAAAGCUCCAAGGUCUCGCUAGAUCCGCCAAAUCAGCCACCGAUUUGCCUCCGAAGCUGCACCGCUUGCGCAAUUUGCGUCGGAAUUUGCAAGGAGAAGCAUCCGUUUUCCCGGCCGAGCUUCUUCCUCUCCUUUUCGAUCUUCUCUCUGAUCAAUUCGGUGCUGCCCGCAAGUUCGUCGCCGAGAUUCUUGGUGAAAUUGGUUUGAACGAUGUGGAAUUAUUACCUGAGAUAGUUCCCCUUUUUAUUAAGUCUCUCCAAGAUGACACCCCCGCUGUCGUCAGGCAGGUCAUCGCUUCUGCUUCUGCUCUCUUCCCUUCCACCCUCCAUAAAUUCGCACUUCAGGGUUUGCAUUCUAGUGAGCUAGAUGAGCUUCUUCAAUCUUCCUGGACAUGGAUGCUUAAGUUCAAGGAUGAAAUAUGCUCUUUGGCUUUCAAGCAAGGAAACAGUGGUGUAAAGUUAUGCGCUAUCAAAUUUGUGCAAGCGCUUAUUCUUUUGUAUACACCUGACCCUAGCGUGUCUUUGGAGUCUCAAGAUUUUAAUAUUUCUAUUCUUCGUGGGGGGCAUCCUGUUUUGAAUAUCGGAGACUUGUCCAUUGAGGCCAGCCAGAAAUUGGCUUCACUGCUUGAUCAGCUUAGGCACCCUGCUGCUAAAUCUCUAAAUAGCUCCACCAUUAUUUUUCUUAUCAAUAGUCUUUCAUCAGUUGCAAAGAAACGUCCUGCAUAUUGUGGACGAAUUCUGCCUGUUCUACUGAGCUUGGAUGCCCCAAGCUUUCUCAAAGGAGUGCAUGCAGCAGCAGCAAAUCUUGCCCUCAAGACUGUUUUUCUCUCCUGCUUGGAAUGUACACAUCCGGCUGCUGCACCGUGGAAGGACCGGUUGAUCGGUGCUCUGAAAGAGAUAGAAGGUGGCAGUCGGGCAGAGAAAGCUGAAGAUCUGUUUUACGCAACUAACGGAAGCAUUCAAGACAAAGACUGUGUAGAGGAUACAAAGUUUCAGGUAUCAGUGGAACAGAAUUCUCUCCGUGCAAAUUCUGUUGUUGCGGAAAGUAACUUUGGUAGGAAAAGAUCUGGAUCGGAAUACAAUAUUGAUCUAAAUGGAGAUGCUUUGACUGGAAAACGAUCAAGAAUAACACCUUCUGUGUCAGGAGAAUCUACUGAAGGAUUAAAUGGUAACAGUGUUGGCUCUCUACCUCUGGUUACUUCUACUUCAACUGGACCAAGUAAUAGCAGAGGAGUGAGUGAUACUGGACCUGUUCAGCAACUGGUUGCUAUGUUUGGAGCAUUGGUUGCCCAGGGUGAAAAAGCAAUUGGAUCUCUAGAGAUCCUUAUUUCUAGUAUUUCUGCGGAUCUGCUGGCCGAUGUUGUGAUGGCUAAUAUGCAUAAUAUUCUACUAAAUAGUUCCUCUUAUGCUGAUGGCACCGAUGAGCUGGUGAUGAACAUGUCUAUAGUUGGUAGUGAUGCACAAAUUAAAUAUCCACCAUCGUUUGUGGCUGGUGUUCUUUCACUGUCAACUGCAUUCCCACCAGUUGCUGCCCUGAUAAAUCCUCACACACCGAAAACGGAAAAUGAAGGUGAAGAACUCUGUGUGCAUCAUGUGGACCAGCCGAUAUUUCCGUCUGUAGAUGCAGUUCUUGCAAGUGGCUUAUCAGCCUCUUCAGUAAAUGAAGAGGGCAAUAUUGAGCUUCCACCAAAUGUGGAUUACAGAGGGAAUAUAGAAAGUGGUAUACCUGGACUAGAUUCUUCUGCUCAACGUUAUGUGUUAUCAGAAGCCCCUUUUACUUCUGUAUUGGGUUCGACAAAUGUGGAGGCCGCCAGCAAGAACCAAGAUACGAGUGCCAGUGGAGAACUUCUUCUCGCUGUGAUUCCAUCAGUGUCAGUGGAUAAGUCUGAGGAGUUUAGUCCAAAGGCGACUGGCAUAGGUUCUUACAGCUUGGUUUCCUCAACGGCAACUUCACUUGCUUCUGCGCCUCAGUUUGUCUUGCCUAAGAUAUCAGCACCUGUUGUCAACCUUUCUGAUGAAGAGAAAGACAGUUUGCAGAAGCUGGUGUUUUUGCGCAUUGUUGAAGCAUAUAAACAAGUAUCAAUGUCUGGUGGCUCACAACUUCGUUUUUCUCUUCUUGCUCACUUGGGAGUUGAGUUUCCUUCGGAGUUGGACCCUUGGAAAAUGUUACAGGAACACAUUCUCUCUGAUUAUUUGAGUCAUGAGGGACAUGAGUUGACUGUGCGGGUUCUCUACAGGCUAUACGGGGAGGCAGAAGCAGAACAAGAUUUCUUCUCGUCAACUACUGCUGCGUCUGCAUAUGAAAGUUUCUUGGUGGCUGUGGCUGAAGCACUUAGAGAUUCUUUUCCACCGUCUGAUAAAUCGUUAAGUAAAUUGCUCGGAGAUUCUCCAUUUCUGCCAAAAUCAGUUCUGAAGUUGUUGGAAUCGUUUUGCUGUCCUGAAAGUGGUGACAAGGUUGAAAAGGACUUACCUAGCGGAGACCGUGUUACUCAAGGCCUCAGUGCGGUUUGGAGUCUGAUUUUAACUAGACCUGGAAUCCGGAAUGACUGCCUGAAGAUUGCUUUGCAGAGUGCUGUUCACCCCUUGGAAGAGAUUCGCAUGAAAGCAAUCCGCCUGGUGGCAAACAAGCUCUAUUCUUUAUCAUUCAUUACACAACAGAUUGAGGAAUUUGCAAAGGACAAGCUAUUUUCCGUAGUGAGUUGCAUUUCUUCAGAGAGAGGAGGUCCUGAAACGUUGAGCAAUGAUUGUGUAAAGCCGGUGAGUGGUGCGGGCAUGGAUUCGUCCUUAGAAGCAACUUCAGUAACCGAAGCCCAACGCUGCUUAUCACUCUAUUUUGCACUAUGUACCAAGAAGCACGCCCUUUUUGUCCAUGUGUUCAGCAUUUACAAAGAUGCAUCAGAUCCUGUUAAGCAGGCUAUCCAUCGUCAAAUCCCAAUACUAGUUCGUACUAUGGGCUCAUCAUCUGAGCUUCUUAAAAUUAUAGCAGACCCACCGAAUGGAAGUGAGAACCUUCUAAUGCAGGUUCUUCAAACCCUCACUGAGGCGGCUAAGCCUUCUUUAGAGUUGAUACAUACCAUAAGAAAGUUGUUUGAUACAAGAAUAAAGGAUGUAGAAAUUAUUUUCCCAAUAUUGCCGUUCAUGCCAAGAGACGAUGUUCUACGUGUUUUCCCUCAUAUGGUCAGUCUUCCUAUGGAGAAAUUCCAAGUCGCACUCUCUCGUGUCCUGCAGGGACCAUCUCAGUCUGGUCCAGUGCUUUCUCCAUCAGAAGUUUUAAUUGCUAUCCAUAGCAUCGACCCAGCGAGAGACGGAAUACCGCUUAAACAGAUCACAGAUGCAUGCAAUACCUGUUUCGCACAGAGGCAGACAUUCACUCAACAGGUUUUAGCCGGCGUUCUGAACCAACUGGUCCAGCAAAUUCCGCUGCCAAUGUUAUUCAUGCGUACAGUUCUACAAGCUAUCGGUGCUUUUCCAGCUCUGUCCGACUUUAUCAUGGAGAUCCUUUCUCGUCUCGUUAGCAAACAGAUAUGGAAAUAUCCGAAACUGUGGGUAGGAUUCUUGAAAUGUGCCCAGUCAACACAGCCUCAAUCAUACAAGGUCUUACUACAGCUUCCUCCAACUCAGCUGGGAAAUGCAUUGACUAAAAUCUCAUCCUUAAGAGCUCCUCUGGCCGCGCAUGCCAGCCAGCCAGAUAUUCAGUCUUCACUUCCAAGAUCUACAUUGGCUGUUCUUGGACUUGUCCCUGAUUCUCAGGGAACACAGACGAGUCAAGUACAAGCAAGUGAAACACAAGAGAGUCAGGUGCAAGCGAGUGAGACACAAGAGAGUCAGGUGCAAGCGAGUGAGACACAAGAGAGUCAGGUGCAAGCGAGUGAGACACAAGAGAGUCAGGUGCAAGCGAGUGAAACACAAGAGAGUCAGAUGCAAGCCAGUGAAACACAAGAGGGUCAGGGAAAGCAGCAAGCAAGCGAGUCGCAAGAGCAAACGAGCCCGUCUCAGCAAGUCUCCGUACCAUUGAGUCACUCUGAAACAGAUCAUAAUCAGGAAACCAGUCAGGUGGUUGCCAGUCAUUCUCAAAGCAGUCCUAUAGCUACGGGCCGGUCAGAGACGAGUCAGUCUCAGAGCAGUCCCAUUGGUGCGGGUCAGUCUGAAGUGAGUCAGACCACCCAAGUGUCGGACUCGGAUCCUCCUCUAGCACCAACGAGCCAUACCCAGACAUCAGAUUCUCAACCCGAUAAUGAGAAGAUGGAAGAGGACACAGCAACCUCGGAAAACGAGAGGUCUGAAGUUGACAAGUCAAAGGAAUCUUCUGCAGAAGAAGAAGAAGAAGAGUGACUAACUUUUCUCCGACAUGUAUUGGUAGCAUUUUUCAAAGGAUUUUAUUUUAUUUCAAAUGAAUUUUGUAGAAUUAAAUUAAAGAUGUCACUGUAUCAUUAGCGAUUGUAAUGUUUUUCUUGAAUCAAAGACUAAUACAAACAAAUAAACUUGACAACGA